AUGAGUGUCGAUAUUAAUGCAAAUUCAAUAAUGGAAACUAAAAAAGAGUCGAAAAAUGUUGAAGAUAUCACUUCUAUUGAAGAAUUAGAUUUCGAUAAAAUGGAUUUAUAUAAAGGAGAGACACCCGUAGAUAUCAAUGAUCAAUGUUUACAGUUAUGUAAAGACUAUCUUUCGGGUGAAUGGAUUCAACAAACAGUGGACACUAUUACUGUCCGACGUAUUACGGGUGGACUUAUGAAUCAAUUAUAUUAUUGCGGUAUAAAUGAACCAAAUUUAACAUCAAAAGUACCGCAAGAAGUGGCCAUUAAAUUAUAUGGAGAAAAGCCAAUAAAAACUACAGACAAUAAAUAUGACAGACUUAACGAUACUAUAAUUGAUUUGAUGGUAUCUGUAAAUCAACUUGGUCCUAAAAUCUAUGCACUAUUUGAACAUGGUCAAAUUCAACAUUAUUAUAAGCACCGACAGUUUAAACCUGUAGAACAAAGUAAUCUAAAACUUGUUGAUGAAGUGUUUCGCAAAUUUGCACGAAUCCAUGCCAUGGAUGUGCCCAUCAAACGCACACACAAUAUGUUUAUGAAAGAAGCGGAAGAAUCAUUUAGAUAUGUAUUUUUUGACAGCGAUAUCAACAUUAAGGAAACAUUUGAAAAGUAUAACUGCGAGACACUGUUGACCGCAGAUCUUAAGUUUGAGUUUGAAUGGAUUAAACAAAUUAUAGCUAAAGUUAACAGUCCUAUUGUUUUCACUCAUAACGACUUCCGGUCGAGUAAUCUGUUGAUCACUGAAUCGAUGGAUAAAACCGAUGGACCAAUAGUUGUCUGCGAUUUUGAGUUUUCGUCGUACGGUUACAGAGGUAUAGAUUUUCAGUCUAUUAUUCUCGAAUGGGGUCGAAAACAGUUGGAUUUUAGUGCUGAUGGUCUGCCUCACGACGACUCAGUGUUGCGACCAUUGAUUGAGAUAUAUGUCGACGAAUGUCAGCGAAUUCAUGGCAAAGAAUUUUCUGCAAAUGUUGUCAAUUCUGUCGAUUAUAUUAUCUAUGAAAUCAAAGUCUUUACUUUAAUUCGUUUGUUUUUUGGAGCAAUUAUUUCAGUGAAAACAGAUUUACAAAACAAUGCAUUUAUGAAAAACAAACCAAUGCUCUUUCCUGAAUUUAUGUACAAAAAUUAUUUGAUUCUCAAGAAACGAUUACAAGAUUUAAAUAUUAUUUAA